CCCACAGUAUUACAGAAAGCGGCUGGCGGAGUCGGAGCUGACGAGCGGCAGACUAUCGGUACCUCCUCCUUGAGACACGCACGUCCAACCUAUAGCCAUGGAGUGGAAGCCUAUGGAAAUUAACCCAGAGAUGCUGAACAAAGUUCUGUGUAAAUUGGGUGUCGGGGGGAGCUGGCGCUUCGUAGACGUCUUGGGGCUGGAAGACGAGCCCUUGUCGUCAGUGCCCACUCCGUCCUGCGCGAUGAUGCUGCUGUUUCCUCUAACGCAACAGCACGAGUGCUUCAGAGAGAAGCAGACCGAAGAGCUGGGUGGGAAACAGGAGGAGCCCAAGGUCUACUUCCUCAAGCAGACCGUGGUGAACUCCUGCGGGACAGUGGGGCUGCUGCACGCCGUGGCCAACAACCAGGACAAGCUGGAGUUCGAGAAUGGCUCUGUGCUGAAGCAGUUCCUGGACGACACUGCCAACAUGUCUGCCGAGGAGCGGGCCAAACGGUUGGAAAGCAACAAGGAAAUCCAUUCAGCCCACGAUGACGUGGCAGCCGAGGGGCAGUGUCGGGUUGAAGCAGACAAGGUGAACUUCCAUUUUAUCACUUUUGUCAAUGUGGAUGGACAGCUAUAUGAGCUGGAUGGAAAGAUGAAUUUCCCUGUGAAUCAUGGCUCUACAAAAGAUGACACCUUUAUAAUGGAUGCUGCUAAGAUCUGCCGCCAGUUCACCGAGCGUGAGAAGGAUGAGGUGCGCUUCUCAGCGGUGGCCUUAUGCAAGGCCUGAACCCGCCCGAGACCAGAGAGGGGGACCAUCACCAAAACAAUGGCACACGCCCACCACAUGUAGAACCAAGCCCUAGAACCCGAGCUCUCUCUGUGUGCGUGUGAGUGCGUGAGAGUGCGUGUGUGUGUGCGUGCGUGAUUGAUGGUGUUUUCUGCAAAUCGAUAACUCUCUGUCGGUUCUGUUGCAGUAAAUGUUUGAAUCCCUCUGAGAUAUGCGCUGUCUGCUCUUUUUCUCAUUUGUUCAGAAUGUUAGAAUGUUCCCUGGCAGGAGAAGCAGGCAGAGCGCUGAUGUGCAAGCGCCUCUGUUGGCAGCUGUUUAUUGGAGGAGGGGGGGGGUGGUGGUUAUGGUGGGAGUGGAUUGGCCAUGCUAGCAUCUUUUUUGCAGACUUGGUUUGCCAAAUCGGGGCUGUAUCACUUCGUAGUUGUUUGACUAUGUGCACUACUGGUUAGAGCUGGCCGUGUUCUGUUCUCUUGGACGUUCAAGGUCUCGUGUUUUCUGUUUAGUGCUAUGCAUUUGUUUGGGAAAACAAUAAAUGCCUUUUGGCUUCUGCAUGUUUCUCUGUUUUUUGUGUUGUUACUGAAACUUAUUUCCUGUCUAGUUUUAUUUGCAAGCUCAACAUGUUUUCGGAAAGGAAAAAGGCCAAGUACAGUGUCCAAUCCAGCCGAGCCAAAUGCAGUGAAAAGGUUUUGUUAUGUGACCAGCAGAUGGCGAUGAAGAUUACCCAUCCCUAGCUCUGGACACAAGAGGGGGUAUGAUGCAGCUAAAUCCACAUUGUAGAUCAGUGGUGUCCCCUUCUCCUAUGUACCCACUAUCCUAGGGAUUUCAGAAAUGCCUUGCAACCCAGUGCUGACUCCUGGUAAAAAGGUUGAUUCAAACGCUUAUCCAGCUGCUUAUUGCUUCAGAUUGGUAAUUAAGUGUGCAGUUAGAAUGAUCGUUGCCUAUGUGGGUUGUUAAUUGUAAUUAAAACAUGCUAACAGAAGAUAAUAACAAAAUAAACACUAACAGAGCUCUGUUUCAGUCUGUUUCACAUCCCUAAGAAUGCAGAAUACUCCUGGGCAGAAUCUCAUGUUAAUU